GAGUUUCAGAUCUGUAACGACGAGAAGGUUUUUCUAAUGGACCCCACCAAAUCGGAAAGGUCUCUGGCAGAAAUGGAUUACAAGGGGGCUUUUUCCAAGGGGCAGAUCCUGUACGGGCACGUGCACUGGCACCCGGAACAAAACCUCAACGCUGCUUACAAGCUGCAGCUGGAGAAGGUCAACCUGUGCACAGGCAGGGAUGGCUACGUGCCCUUCCUCGACCCCACGGGUACCGUCUACAACGAGGGGCCCCGGUACGGCUGCAUCCAGCCCAACAAGUACCUGAAACACCGAUUCCUCCUCCUGGACCAAAACCAGCCAGAAGUGAGGGAUAAGUAUUUCCCCGAUGUGCCUUUUGACGCCCACUUUGCUUCCCAGCUGUCCGAGUUCCACUCGGUGAGCAGCACGCCCGGAGUUGAUGGAUUUACUCUCAAGGUGGACGCUCUCUACAAGGCACUCAUGAGAAAGCUCUUUAAAAACACAUUAUUCGUGUUCCUGAAGGAAUUAAUGCCAUCGCAAAGGCAGGACACCUCACGGGGUGGUCCGUGCUCCCGAGGAGCUCCCCUUGAACACCCGAGGUGGAGCUGCCCCGGGGCUGCCCCAGGGGCGGCGGGCGGCCGCUGCUGCACCGUCAGGAACCUUCAUCCACCGAGGGACGCGGCGGCCUCUGCCAGGGCCAGGGCAGGAAAGUGAAGCAGGUGCACAUGGAAGUCAAAGUCCACGGCAAUUUGCACGACGGCACGGAAGUUUCAUGGAGCACACGCAUUGGGAAAAGCUUUUUAUAAACUGUAAAAUAAAGAUAAUCCAAAACUGAAAAGCCACCUGGGUAUUUUUUUAGUCUGGUGAGGAGGGGCAGCUGUCAAUUGCCCCUGCUCCCGUCUUAGCGGCUGCACCGCUGCCCUCCCUCCGUGCUGCUCCAGCUCUCCCGGGCUUAAGUGGGCAGGGUGGGGAAGCCAGCUCCCACCGCUGGCAUGUGGGAGCUCUGAGCCAGCCGAGGAGCAGCCGGGUUCCUC